CACUUUGCUUUUCAAAUAGCUUUUUGCUUUUUCAGCGGAAAACCAUUCUGUAAAAUGAGGUCUGUAGUUUUCGUUGAAAAGAUUGAACUGGAUUUCUCUGGCAACAUAUUUGCUAAUGCAUUGGUUCUCGGUGACGUGGACAAUGAUUCGCUUCAUGAGUUGAUGGUCGGAAGUGUCGAUGGGGAAUUAUGGAUAUACAAAGGAGAUAACACAGUUCCCUUGGCAACUGCUUCAAAUCUAGGAAUGAUUGUAUGCACAGAAAUAGCUGAUGUUUGCAAUGCAAGUAAGAAUGUUGCUGUGGUUCUGUGUGCAGAUGGACUCUGUUACCUUUUUGCUAUUGACAAGCAAAGCAACGACAUCCAACAAGAAAGAAAACAGACACAGGCAGAUAAUGGUCCUGUUGCCACAGAUGGCCAGGGCACAGAAGAGCUACCUCAAGAAACAAGGAAACCUUUGACCUUGACUCCUUUUCACACUCAACAUCUCCCCGCCAAUUCAAAGGUGGUUCUCGUUGCAGAUAUUGAUAAUGAUGGUCAACUUGAGCUAGUUGUUGGAUACACAGAUAGAGUCAUCCAAGCGUACAGGUGGCAAGACAAAACAGUGCUUCCUGAGGAUGCUGAGGGAUCAGGAGAAAAGGGCUUUGUACUUCUUCAGAGAUGGAAUGUGGAUGGUCAGGUUGGUUCUCUCUCCCUGAGUAAGAAUGAUGAUGGCUCCCCUAUGCUAGUAGUCUCUCAACCAGGCUGUAAUUAUGCCGAGCUGAAAUGUAGCUGGAUUAUGCAACACGAUGCUAGGCAGGACAGUGCCGUAGAUCAGAGAGCCAACAAGGAUCCUUAUGUUUACAUGCAUCUAAUCACAUCCCUUAGGGCAAGACAUGCUGAUGUCUCGACAGAAAUUGUUGCUGGUUUAUCAAAAGGAGAGAAAGAAGGUAAUGAGGAUAUUGAACCUGAACCAGACCGGAUAGCAAUGUGUACUCUAGAUGGCACUCUGAUGUUGAUUGAACAGGAUAAGAGUCUUUGGUCAAGACUUGUUGACCAUCAGCUGUUUGCAUUGACCAAACUGGACAUCAUGUGCGAUGGUUGGGAUGAGGUAGUUGCGUGUGCAUGGGAUGGUCAGACGUAUAUCAUUGAUCACACACAGCAGUCAAUACGCUUUCAUCUCAAGGAGAGUGUCUGUGCUUUCACUGCAGGUCUUUACAGCACCAAUGGGAAGAACACGCCUUGCCUUGUUUACGCCACGUUCAACAACAAGAUCUACAUUUACUGGAACGUCCAGCUGCCAAGGAUCCGAUCGGCAAAUCUCAUCCAUGUUGCAUCUGCAAAUGAUGAACUGAAGGAGAGAUUGGACAAGUUAGGAAUAAAAUCUGAGGAUGAAAAGAGGGAGCUCUUUAAGCGACUGAUCUACGGAGGAUCCACGAAACCAACAUCCAAGCCUGAAGGGGUCAGCUAGAUCUCCCGAUGGUCCAAACUGAGGGACCCGUUCCUUGAAUCAGACCGACUGAGGGCAGUCUAUCUUCCUUGACCUGUUCCUUGAUAACAUGGUGCAUUCUUUGAAUGUCUCAAGCGAUGGAAACAGGAGCUGGAUCUAUGGCAAGGGUGAUAUAUGCAUUGCGCCUUUGAAUAGGCAUUCAGAUAAACAGUGCUUUACAGAUCGUAUCAUUAAUACCUGGGAAGGCUUAUGUGCUAUCCAUGUGAGGUUAGAGGAAUACAUAUAUAAUAGUAAUUCUAUAAAAAGAAAUAUUUUAUUUGAUAUUUUGGUUUCAUUUUAGUGCUAAAUAUGACAGGAACAACUUCAAAUGCAUAUUGAUGAUUUAUUAUGUAAUUUAAGAUGAAUAAGUGGAUCCUAAUCAAAUGAAGUUUGUAUGGAUACAGGUGAUCAGGCAUUGAUAUUGCCUGAAUGCAUGAAUUUACCGGUGAUGCGCUGGGCAUUAGUUAUAUAAUAUUGACUGGCCUUGAGGGGAAUAUCAAAUAUAUUGCCCACAAAAGAAUCAUAUUGGUCCAAGUCUAACACGAGGUCAAUAUGGUUCUUUAACCCUAAAAUGGCCGGGGGGGGUUGAAUCAACCCCCCCCCCUCAACAUCUUCUGCGAUCAUUCCGCCGCGCGAAUUUUUCUUACCGCGCCACUCGCAGAGUUUAUACUAUUAAGUCUCGCACAUCUUUUGAGACCAAAUUUAUGAUGCCCGGGUACGCGGUUCUGAAAUUACGCAACAUUUUGUAAGUGCAUGUCAGACCAAAAAUUGUUCCAAAACGUGAUUUUGUGUACAAAGUAAAUGCAAAUUGAGUUUUCUCAUCUUAUUCAUAAAGAUAUGAUUAUUUUUACUUUAAACAGCUGAAAGCAAUUGAUUUUAGCAUAAUUAUGCUUCAAAAAGGUUGUGCAAUAAAUCUGGUGAAAAAAACAAAGAAAAACAAAAGGUUGAAAAACAAAGAAAUACAUAAGAAAUUCAUAAAACAAUGAAAUACAUAAGAAAUUGAUUUUCAAAUCGAAGUUUUUUUCAAUUGCGAUUGUUAAGAAUGCUACAAAGAAUAUUUUUACAAAAAAUUAGCAUUCUAGGAGCUUUAUUUAGUGAAUUAGAGCAAAAAGUAUGAUUUAUGCAUAAAUUAGCAUAAUUAAUUCAUAUAAAAUGAAAUCUCAUUAUUUUGGAAAAUUUUACCAUACAGCCUUGUAGAUUACAUCGCACACUACCAGCGUGCAAAUUUUUGCGGCGCUCGCGCGAUCGGCGGCCGAGAUCUUAGGGGGGGUCGAAUCAACCCCCCCCCCCCCCCCCCCAGCCACAGAACAGCCAAAAAAGCCCGGCCUAGUUAGGGUUAAGGGCAAUGUAUUUGAUGGUCCCCGAAGGAAGAGCCAGUCAAUAUUUUUAUUAUCAUCCAAAUCAGAUGUCUAGAGCAAAAAUCAUGAAGAUGGAGUUAUUUCUUUCAAGAAUAUGGUUCUAUUGUGUCAUGUUUAUACCAGGGGCCAGGCUCUGCUCUUUACCAUUAUGACAUACUUGUAAUUAGAACAUUGCGUCCCUAGAGAUGCAUGUGAA